AUGCGAGUAAACACGACUUUCCAGCUCUUGGUUUCCGCCGCUCUGGCCUCCGCUCUGGCACCAGGUCUUCAACUUGCCUACUCGUUGGAGAGGCCAACGCAGGGUAUCAGCAUAUCGGCAGAUGGCCGCAAAUUUCUAUCCCAGCGCUACUCUUUGACAGACCCUCCUCAAGCCGUGGAGCUCAUUAACGGGAACACAACUGUUCUCUAUCCCAAUGUUGCGUGGAACUCUUACAAUGCUAGCAACUCCAGCUCAGACCCUCGAAAGACUUUUGUCAGCAUCGAUGGCGCACGUAUUGGACCUGACGGACGGUACUGGUUGGUUGAUGGUGGGUCGACCGGGGUCAAUGGUUCUACCAAGCUGGUUGGCGUCAACCUGACCACCGAUUCGGUUGACAAGAUCUACUAUCUGAGCAGCAUCACGGGCUCGGAGGGAGAUAUCGAUGAUGUUCGCUUCAACGCUGCGCAGACGGUCGCGUAUCUCAGCGACACAUCAGGGGCAUUGGUCGUGCUCGAUCUAGGUACUGGCAAAGGCGUUCGCGUGCUUGCAGAGGAUUCUACGGCUCAAGCGUGGUACCCUAUGAUGUACAACGGUACCCUUGUUCCUGGGUAUGGGCAAGCUGGCAGCACGCUUUCAGUUGGUCUUGAUCAGAUCGAGGUAUCUCCAGAUGGGAAGUACCUCUAUUACCAGCCCUGCAAUGGUGGACUCUACAAGGUGGAAACUGCUUACGUCGACGCAACCCUUACGAAUGCUACACUCGCGGGUUCUUUGGGCGACUAUGCUGAGCCUGUCACCUUGACACCCAGUACUGGCGGCACUACCAUCGAUGCGGACGGUAAUAUCUAUGUCAGCGAUACGAAUUUGCUGGCAAUCUGGAUGGUCACACCGGAAGGCCGUGCGACAAUCUUGGUGCAAGAUGAAGCCUUGCUCUGGACCGAUUUGAUGUGGGUCACAUCGGACAAGAAACUUUGGCUACCAGCUUCGCAGAUGAGGCCUGGCGGUGACGGCCUCAUGGCUUCAGGACCGAACUACAUCUUCACCUAUCCAAUUGAUGCUGGACCUUCGCCAAUUGACCAUGCCUGA